GGCUCCAGGUCCCCGGCGAAAGAUGCGGCGCCGGAGUGUGAGCUCGGGCGGCGUAGCUGCAAGAUGGAUGGAGCAUGUUUGCGGAGAAGAAGAGGCGGUCCCUACAAGACAGAGCCGGCCACGGACUUGACCCGCUGGCGCUUGAGCAACGAAGAAGGGCGGCAGCAGUGGCGAUUCCUGGCAGAUGGCGAGGAUGGUGGUCGGGAGCAAUCGGCACUGGAAGCUCACUCGCUGGGGCUCAGCACGAGCAAAUUUUUCCCGGACUUGCCAAAGGCCUGCACAGCACAGGAAGCAGCAGUGAAUGGGAUGAAGUUUUACUCAGGCCUGCAAGCAGAAGAUGGCCACUGGGCUGGGGACUACGGAGGGCCUCUCUUUCUGAUGCCAGGGCUCUUAAUCACAUGCUACAUUGCCAAGAUCCCACUGCCAGAAGAGAGCAAGAAGGAAAUGGUCAGGUACCUGCGUUCAGUUCAGCUCCCAGAUGGAGGAUGGGGCCUGCAUGUUGAGGACGUAUCCAAGGUAUUUUGUACUGCUCUCAACUACACAGCCAUGCGAAUCCUUGGAGUCAGUCCUGAUGACCCAGAUCUGGUGCGGGCUCGGAACAACCUCCAUAGUAAAGGUGGUGCUACAGGAAUCGCUUCCUGGGGUAAAUUUUGGCUGGCUGUUUUGAAUGUCUACAGCUGGGAAGGACUGAAUACACUUUUUCCUGAGAUGUGGCUGUUUCCUCGCUGGAUGCCAGGCCAUCCUUCCACUCUUUGGUGUCACUGCCGUCAAGUUUACCUGCCCAUGGCCUACUGCUAUGCUACGCGACUCACCGCGGAAGAAGAUGAGCUGGUUCUGAGCCUCCGGGAGGAGCUCUACACCCAGGACUAUUCCCUCAUUGACUGGCCGGCGCAGAGGAACAACGUCGCUGCGGGUGAUGUGUACAUGCCACACAGCCAGCUGCUCUCCAUCGUCUACGCAAUUAUCAACACUUACGAGAGAUUCCACAGCACAGCUCUGAGACGACGAGCAAUUGAGCAGCUGUAUGACCACAUUAAAGCUGAUGACCGAUUCACCAAAUCCAUCAGCAUUGGCCCCAUAUCUAAAACAAUUAACAUGCUUGUGUGCUGGUAUGUGGAGGGAGACAAGUCUCCUGCGUUCCAAGAACAUGUUUCCAGAAUCCCCGACUACCUCUGGCUGGGACUGGAUGGCUUGAAGAUGCAGGGCACUAAUGGGUCACAGCUUUGGGACACGGCAUUUGCUAUCCAAGCUUUCCUGGAGGCAGGUGCCCAGAAAAGGCCUGAAUUUAACUCCUGCCUGCUACGUGCGCAUGAGUUUUUAAGAAUCAGCCAGAUUCCAGAUAAUCCACCUGAUUAUGAGAAGUACUACCGUCAGAUGAACAAGGGUGGAUUUCCUUUCAGCACGCGGGACUGUGGCUGGAUUGUGGCUGACUGCACUGCGGAGGGGCUGAAGUCAGUGAUCCUUCUGCAGGACAAUUGCUCUUUUAUAAAGGAGCAAAUCCCACCGAACCGUCUCUUUGAUGCUGUGAAUGUGUUGCUGAACAUGCAAAAUGUGGACGGUGGCUUUUCCACCUAUGAAACGAAGCGUGGCGGAUGGCUGCUGGAGCUCCUGAACCCUUCCGAGGUGUUUGGGGAUAUCAUGGUGGACUACACUUACGUAGAAUGCACCUCGGCCGUCAUGCAGGGGCUGAAGCGCUUCCAGGAGCGCUUCCCUGAACACAGGGUGCUGGAGAUCAGAGAGACGCUGCAAAGGGGCCUCCGUUACUGUCAGAAACUUCAGAGAGCUGAUGGUUCCUGGGAAGGGUGCUGGGGUGUGUGCAUCACCUACGGCACGUGGUUUGGCCUGGAAGCCUUUGCUUGUAUGCAGCACACCUACCAGGAUGGAGUGGCCUGUGGGGAGGUGACCCGCGCUUGUGAGUUCUUGGUCUCCAAGCAGAUGGAGGACGGUGGAUGGGGAGAAGACUUUGAAUCUUGUGAGCAGCGCCGAUACGUCCAGAGCGCCACAUCCCAAAUACACAACACUUGCUGGGCUCUUCUGGGGCUCAUGGCUGUUAGGUAUCCAAAUGUCAGAGUCCUGGAAAGAGGGAUCAAAGUUUUGAUUGACAAACAGCUGCCUAACGGAGACUGGCCUCAGGUGAAGUGUGCCUCGAGUGCAAUCCAUGAGAACAUUUCCGGAGUAUUCAACAAGACCUGUGCGAUCAGCUAUACCUCCUACCGAAAUGUCUUCCCCAUCUGGACCCUGGGGCGCUUUUCUCGCCUGUAUCCUGCCCACCCACUGGCUGGCAAGCUCUUGACGGAGGCAUUAAGAAAUGGAGAGAGGGGCCUGGCUGGCAGGAUGGCAAACGGACAUGGAGGAGUGCCCCUCCCCUCUUCCUGAGUUUGGGUCUGGUACCAACAUUGCAGGCGCCGACUGCCAAUCUCUCUGGUUAUUUUUCUAAACUUUUGGGAAGCUGGCGAGGAGGGAGAAUUGAAGGGGAAACACGGAAGGCUUCUCUGGAUGGUUUGCCGCCCUCUUGCUUCUCGUACUUCUACAUGCCAGGCAGGAAACAGUUGGCCCAGGAGAAAUGAUGAGCGGCAGACUCUCUGUGCUGCGAUUGACUCCCAUUUGCUGCUCAGAACAGACACUUUAGAUGCAAAAACCCAUGAUUCUGUACCCUUUACUGGGCAUUAACAUUUAUUUAACUUUCUGUACAUGCAUACCAAACAUCACAGUGGCUGCGUGUAUUCCUGCUGUUUCACUGUUAUACUUGCGGUAUUUGCAGUGGAAGCAGAAGAGUGUAACUUUUAGAGUAAUGGAUGUACAGUAAAUUAACAAAUAACUUCAUCAGUGCUGAUGUCUUAUUUUUCUCUUUACCUUAAAGAUAAGCUUAAAUUGCUCUUUAGGGUAUGGGUGGGGAACCCUAGUGCCUCAUCCCCCCUCAUGGCUAACCUGCUGGGGUGCGUAGGGGGCACAACAACUGAACAGUGUGCGCUAGUUGCAUAGACUCCAUGCACCUAUCCCAGGGAACAGACAUUCUGGGACCUGGGUCCACCCAACUGCCACUGACAGCCAGCCCGCCCACCUCCAAGGCUACAGCUGACCACAUUGCCUAAGUAAUACGUGGUCCUUGAUGUCUCCCAUUGCCCAGCAUUUUGGAGCUUACAUAGCCUGGAGUGCAAGUCUCUUCUCAUCAUUUGAUCUACUUACCCCAAGCUGAACAUAAUUCUCUUACCAGAGAAGAUUCAAGACAUGUUUUGUGGAGAUGGACACAGUGACACACACGCAAGCCUUGGCUUGUGCACAUCUGGCCCUGUCCUUGUUGUGUUGCACAAGGCCUUAACUGGAAGGCAAGUAAAGCCCUCCACACAAUCUGAAGGCUCCACUGAAAUUUGGUACUUUUCUCCUGAAAGUCAGGCACACCUCAUGCGGGAGGGCGUUCUGCAAACAGGGAACCACCACUGAGAAGACCCUGUCAUGGUAAACACUGAGCAGCCAGAAGUGGCAUCUCCAACAGGACCCGAGUCACUCCUUUAGGCAUUGGGAUCCCAAGCCCUGUAGGGCUUUGCAUGCUGGUACUCACACCUUGAUUUGGACUUGGUAGCUCACUGACAGGCAGUGCAGAGCUUUCUGGACUCAUGAACCCUUGGUUCUACCAUUUACCAAUCUAGCAGCUGCAUUCUGUGUGAGCUGCAGCCUCCAGACUGUUCAAGGGUAGCCCCAUGUGGAGUGCACUGUAGUAAUCUAUACGGGAGGUCAGUAGACAUAGCUGCCAAGUAUCCUGUAUCCGCCGGGAAAACCCCUUUUUUCUUACCGUUUCCCGGCGGUCUCCCGUUUGGUGGAAAAUCCCGGUAUUUUCCCUUUAAUUGGCUUCUGCCCGGCGGCCAUUUUUCU